AUGUCUGUGAUCUACGUGUCCAUCGACGCGAAGCCGCCUGCAAGACACAACGGGCAGGAAAGUCGUCAUGGAGCGAAGCGCACCAACACCUCCGCCGUCCAGAAAUGUGAGGACCAUACUGCUGUUCCUGGAAACUGCCCUCGUACCCACAGAGCGAGCGAAGGAUCUGCUGCCUUCAUAAGCCUUGAAGUUGUUCGUCCUGGCGAAUCAAACCGAGCGGGCGACGGCCAGACACAGACCCGUAGCCGCAAGGCCUCGGACGAGGACACCAUCAAGCUUCACGACCGAGUCUUCUCGCCCGGACAGAGCCGCUCUUCUUCGUGGGAAACUUGGCUUGAUGUCGCUGUGCAUCGAGAGACUGGCAGUGAAAACUAUGCGUCGCACCACCGUGCCCGCUCCGUCUCAGUCAACUCCACCGGAACCAUCGUUCGGUACGGCGAGGACAACAGUCUCAAGGUUGACGUUCACUGCUGCGAGUCCACUGAUGCCACCCCGGAAUCCCCUCGCUCUGUCGAGAAUGAUUGUAUCAGUCCAUCUUCCCAGAAUGGUACGCAUGGUCGGGUCUCAAGCAUGGAAGAGCUCACGCAGAGCCAUCUCCUCGAAUCUUGCCGUGAGGGAACUGGCAGCACGACAUAUGAGUUUGACCUCGUCGGUGAGAUUGAUGUUCGUAACUGUCAUGAGGCAGUCCUCGACGCCGAUGUAUAUCGCAGUCAGGCAAUCAUUCAGAAGAUCCAUGCCGACAUGGCCGAUGGAGUGAUCUCGCGCGUUCAGGCGGGCAAAGAGGACGAGCGCGGCGAGGGUGAAGAUUCAUGUGACACAGUUUCUGCGGACUGCGACCUCGAGGUUGCCAUCAGAAAGUCGGUCUCUGCUUACCUUGAGUCUCCCGAGGCAAAUCUCCCCCACCAAGUCGAGCUCAUGAACAAUGAGGAUGAAUUCGACUUGGAAGAGGAGCAAUACCACCACCACCUGAAGAGCACCAUGGACUCUUAUAUCACAGACGAGGACCACAGCCGGUCUGAAUACUCAAGCCAGGAAGAACUCCAAACACCUGGAACAUUAGGAGACAUGGUUGGAAGUGUUUUCCAAGUUGGAGACUGCGGCAGUCCUCACCAAGGUCAUUGUUACCAGACUGAUCUGUCUCCCAUUCCCGAGUUCCCAACCCCAUCACCAAGCCCUGCUCGUCCUCGUCGCCAAGGCCCGACUAGAGCACCGCAGCGCUUCUCCUUGAACGAAGAAACUUUCCACGAAUGGACCGUAGACACUAAUGACCUGCACCUUGUCCCUUCUUCGCUCAAGAGCCCUCUGUUGCGCCCGCCACUGAUCCCUCCUCGCGGAUCCUCUCGCACACUGACAACCCCUGAUAGAUCAAGCGACUUGUCUGGACUCCUACACCAGUUCCACGCGUCUCCAAGUCCCGAUCAACCGUCGACUCCAGAGCAGGAGCGUUCUUACUUUGACUUUGAGGACUCGCCCUGCUCCGGCGGCCGUUUCUUCGCAGCGUCGUCCGGAGCGCGCAACCUCAUCAGGGGCUUGAAGACGUUGUUCCAACAGGGGACCGAGACUAUGCGGCGACCGGCUGCGGCCCCGACUCUUCGACGUACUGUUCGUCGUUUCUUCUCCAAGCGUGAGCCCGACGACGCAGGAACCAACACUAGCCCGGCCCCGAACGAGGCCGUGGCUCAUAUUCGCUCUGCGGCCGACACCGAUUACACCGACCACGGCACCCACUACCCCGUGCUCACUACCACAUGUUCGACUGGAGCAUCUGAGGGUUCGCAGCUUGCUUCUUGCCCUGGCUUGGCACUUGGCCAGUCCCAGGUAUUCCGAGUAUUCGAGUCUCCGCCUCCGACUCUCAACUUGGAGAAUGUGGCGAACCGCUGCCGCGACUCCUGGACCUCUCCGGUUCACUGUGUCGACCACCCACCCGGGACGACCUCGCGCGUUUUCGAAGAGAAAGCGCCUGCGGGCUGGUUCUGA